AUGGGAGAAAGUAAACGGGAAUUGGCCCUUACCAAAUCCAUUCAGUCUGCGUUGACGCGCGACUUGGACCGCUUCAGAAAGUCUUUCUUCGGAAGGCUUCUGGCUUUCUUCUCAGUACGCCGCAUCAAGCUUACUCGUCAUGAGAAGGAGCUUUUUGAUCGACUCCGCCGGGAUGUGUGGAAAUUUGACCCCGACCAGUAUCAAGGGAGCUUUCAUACAACGAGGGGCAAGUCACCUUUGAAACCGGUGGGCGACCUAGGUUACUCAGGCUCGACAUUCUUCACAACUCUGGAUGGUCAUUUGCUCGUCAAAAGUCUACCACGGCACUUCGAAUAUUCGUUUUUCGAACAUGACCUUCUUGAGCCCUACUUCGAGUACAUGUCUCAGCACCCAGACUCAUUACUAGUCUGGAUAACGGACUACCUGAUAGCUCCUUACACCACUCUUGGAACACUUUUAGGCUGGACUCCAGCUCAUCACAUCGUCAUGGAGAACACUCUCUGCGGCAGAGACGAUGAUCCGGCUGCUCAACAAUGGGAGACAUACGACUUGAAACCGAUUGAUUACUUUGUUCCCGAACGAGAUCUGAUUCCCGAUGCACUAGUGAGCGAGGGCACCCUCGACAGGCUGGCAGAUAGCUUUAACGACAAACUCCAUCUCCGGCGUGCAGACUAUGAGGCAUUCUGGCAAAUGAUCCAAGAAGAUACAAAGUUCCUACGGGAGGCGAAUGUGGUUGACUAUUCGCUGUUUCUCGUACGAAUACCGGCCUCUUCAAAGCCUGCGAUUCGCGGGAGGUCAAGCCCUUGGCGAGCAGGGAUGCCCUCUGCUGAUGGUAAGUGGAAGUAUCGUGUCGCGGUACUCGAUUUCUUCUGGGCUCGACACAAACUCCAGCCGCAGGUGCUUUCUGGUGCUGUACAGACUUUCAAUGUUGUUGGAAGACAAGGCCCUAUGACUAUUACUACGACGGCGAGGGAAUAUCGUGCGAACUUUCUCGCUAUGAUUUCGGAGAUGAUUGAAGUGCAUUGA